AUGGCAGCGCGGAGGCCGCGCGACGACGACGACCACGGGGAGGAGGAUGAGGACGGGGGCGGAGACGAUGAUCAUCCGCACAGGCGUGGCCCUAGGCGGAUCCGCCCAGCGCCGCUUGCUUUUACCGCUGUGGUAAGAAGAGUUGUGGCCCAAGAAACUAUUCAACAAAUAGUCCACAAUCUGGAACCACUUAUUCGUAGAGUGGUGCGUGAGGAAAUCCAGAACAUGUUUUCUCAUCACCAGGAUCACAUGCCACUCAGAUCUCUUCCUCUAAGCAUCCAAGAGGCAGAUGUCUUGCAUCCUCCUCUGAAGUUAGUCUUCGCUAAACAGCUCAAGCUACCAAUCUUCACAAACAACAAACUUGUUGAUAUUGCGAACAACCCAAUUGAAAUCCAGCUCAUGGACACAAGAACCAACUAUAUGAUCGCACCACCAGAUACUCAUCUUGGAUCUUCAUCAGUAAAACUAGAAGUGCUGGUUCUGGAUGGUGAUUUUCAGUGUGACGACCGUGAUGUGUGGACGGCUGACCAGUUUAAUGCAGCAAUUGUGAAGGCUAGAGAAGGGAAGAGACCAUUACUCGUGGGCUCACUCAGUGUCCCUAUGAACAACCAUGGAGUGGCUGUGAUUGAUGAUGUGUCCUUCACUGACAAUUCGAGCUGGAUAAGGUGCCGAAAGUUUCGAAUUGGUGUGCGCAUCAUGCCUGGAGGCCAUCUUGGAUCAAGAGUCAAAGAGGCAGUGAGUGGCAGCUUCACCGUCAAAGAUCAUCGAGGUGAAUUGUACAAAAAGCACUAUCCUCCUUUGCUGACUGACAACAUAUGGAGGCUCAAGAACAUUGGAAAAGAUGGACCAAUUGACAAGAGGUUGGAGUCUGAGGGGAUUAGGAACGUCCAGGACUUCUUGAAGCUUAACACCAUAGAUCCUGAAAAGCUCAAAGCUCUCGUCGGCAUGUCAGAUAGGCCAUGGAACGCAACGCUGAAUCAUGCAAAAACGUGUGACAUGGGACAGAAAUGCUAUGUUUUCAAGACUGUAGGGUGUGACAUUACCUUUAACCCUAUAGGAGAGGUCUUGGCAGCAAGAAUUAGAGACCAGACAUUUGCUCUGCAAGAACUGCAUCCUCAUCAACAGUUCCACGUGAAGCAGUUGGCCACUCAGGCAUACCUGUUGUGGGAUCAACUGGAGGAAGUGACUAAUGAAAUGCCACUUGCUGCAAAUAAGAGCUUUGUUCCCACAAGUAGUUCUGGUCGGGAGCCGAGUGGGAGCCAAGGGAGCAUGAUCAGCUCAGGAUCUCAGAACGCUAAGUAUCUUGACUGCACCGGAACCGCUACCUCCAGUGCCACAGCAAUGUCGACCAACAGCAGCAGCACCUCAGAUUCUACAGCAGCUGCUCCAGCUAAUGAUGCCAUGUUCUGGAGCCCGAGCAUAGCACCACCGGAAUGUGACUUCAGCUGGCAGGACUCGGCAGGUUGUUGGGAUGAAGUGGAUUAA